AUGAAGACACUCCUGGUUGGGCUCCUGCUUGGCCUGGCAUGCCUGGAGUUGGCCCAGUCCUUACGAUGCUACACGUGCAAGGAGCCCACGGACAUCUCCAAGUGCAGAACAGCCACCCUGUGCCCCCCCAAGGCCAACGUGUGCACCACGACCCUGCACUCCGUGGACUCAGGUUAUCCCUUCUUCGGGAACAUCACGGUGACCAGGGCCUGCGAGGAGGAAUGUCUGUCCAGCAGCGGGAUCGGCGCCUCCAAACCCAAGUCCUGCUGCUACACCGACCUGUGCACCGAUGAAACCAGGGCCAGCAGUGGGAUGAGGAGCAGCUCCUCAGCCCUGCCCCUGGUGGCCCUGGUGCUUGGCAAGGUCCUCCAGCUCUCCCUGUAGUGUCCCCAAGUGCCUGAGCUCCGACCAAAACUCCCGCCCCAUCCCCUUCUCUGCCGAGUGAACUCUUAGAUCCCUUGGGAAUGACCUCCCCUGCUGAUGCGUGGCUUUCACUCGUCUACCCAGCGCUGGGAAUUCAAGUGGACUCAAGUUUGGGCACCUGGAGCUAAACCUCUCGAAUUUCCAGCUCCCAGGGUGCUGAGCAGAUGUUUCCUCACCUUCGGCUGCUUUUGGUCCACUUUUGAACUUCCUGGUUCUACAGAAUCGAGGAACGGGUUGGGUUGGGUUGGGUUGGGAAGGGACCUUCAAGCUCAGCUCAUUCCAACUCCCUGCCGUGGGCAGGGACACCUUCCACUAGCCCAGGUUGCUCCAAGUCCCACCCAACCUGGCCUGGAACACUUCCAGGGAUUGGGAAGCCACGAUUUCAACCUCCUUGGACAGCUCUGGUGCCACCUCCUGAGUCAGAGGAGCAGAUGGGUCUGGUCCCGGUUUCCUGCCUGCCCAUCCGAGUGUGGAUGGCAAUGGCAGAGAGCUGGCACUUGAUUUGGUCAGGAAUAAGCUAUGGAAUGAGUUCAGAAGGGCUCAGCUUCCAUGGGUUGGGAUGGGAUGUAUUUAUGGAAAGCUCAGAACCUUCCCCAGACUCACCAGGCCAGGGUGGGUUAGACCUGGAAAACCAAAUCUGGGAAUUUGGCCACACAAACCCCUCAGGAGUCUCUGCCUGAGCUGAGGUUGCAGCCAGAGCUCCCAGAUCUCCCUUCCCAGACAUUUUACAGAUUAUUCCAAGCAAAUUCUUCUGUUACUCUGCCCCGCCCCCCGUCCCUUCACAGCAGGAAAGGAAAAGGAAUGAUUAUCCCAGACCCUCAACUCUGGGAAAAGCUGGUUACCAGCACUCCUGGAUCCCAGCUGGGAUUUGCUUGGAGCACCUGUAGGAUGGACUCUGCUUGCCCUGUCUGCUGGAAAAGUAGCUGGAGUGGAAGUAGACAUGGAUGAGCCAGGUGUUCCCAGCUCCCAGCCCUCUCUGCCACUUGCUCCUUGUUGCCAGGGCUCAUCCAGGGCAGCAGGAACCCCCUGCCAGAGCGAGGGCAGAGUGGGACAUGGACACAGCCCAGGUACCAUCCCUGUGUGCUCAGGGCAUCCCAGCGACCUCCUCUGUGCCAAAGGCCAUUUUCCCUCCCUUUUCCCUCCCCUUUCUUUUUCUCUUCUUCUUCCUUUUCUUUUCUCUCUCCUUUUUCCUCCCCCUUCCUUUUUCCUCCUGCCUUUUCUUCUCCUUCCUUUUCUAUUCUCCUUCCUUUUUUCUUCUCCUUUCUUUUUUCUUCUCCUUCCUUUUCUCUCCUUCCUUUUUUCCUCUCCCUCCUUUUCUCUCCUUCCUUUUCUCUUCUCCUUCCUUUUCUCUCCUUCCUUUUCUCUUCUCCUUCCUUUUCUCUCUUUCCUUUUCUCUCCUUCCUUUUCUCCUUCCUUGCUUUCUCCUCACUUCCCCCUCACUUUGCCCUCAUUUCCCCCUCCUUUUUUCCCCAUUUCCCCCAAUUUUCCAUACAAC